AUGCUCCACUGUCCGGCUGACGUCCCUCCGGAGAUCUUUGAGCUUGCGGUGUCGCAGCUGAUUCAUCAUCCGGAAUACAACUCGACACUCAUCCUGCGCUCGGAGACGCUUGCGGACUCGACCACCGAUUUCCCACCGGAAGGGUGCCCUUCUUUGGAGGGCCUACGCCCUGUGCGCCACAUCCGACGACGGCUCCUCGCUCGUCGGCCAGGACGCGACGCCGGGUUAGAGCAACAUUGCAUGCUCUAUGCGCCCGACGAAGGAGACGAUGACCGGCCGACGGUGCUCCUCUUGACGCCUAUCGUUGAGCCGGGUGGGGCCCUCCCCUACUACCAUCCAGCAGUGCACCACCUCGCGUUCCGCUACAUCCCCGCCGAGGUACCGCUCCUGCAAAUCGAGGCCGUCCCGCUUCCCUCGACACCGACGGAUCUCGACUCGCGACUAUAUCGGACCUGUCUCGCCCUUCUGGACACCCUGCAUCGAUAUGGUUGGGGUGCUCUCACGAAUUACAAGAAGCGGGUACAGCACGAUUGCGUAGUAGGAAGAGAAGCGUACCAGGACCUCUAUUUGCUGAUGCGCGAGCGCCACAAACAUCUUGUCGAUACAUGGCAGGAGGUUACAGAUCCGCUGAAGCAUGUAUUUGAGGACAUCGGCAUCGCGACGUUCUUGAUGCUCCUAUGGAAAGAGAGUUACGGUUCUACACUUUCAGAAACAUCAAACCUCGAUAACACCGAUGAUAUGAGCCCAACACCAUGGCGCAACUGGUCACAACCUCCAGGAGGGUUUCUUGACCUCGGAUGCGGGAACGGCCUCCUCACGCACAUCCUCACCGCCGAGGGCUACGACGGCCACGGAAUCGAUGUCAGAGCGCGCACCUCCUGGACGCACUAUCCGGAGACGACUCGCAGCCGACUACACACGGAGUCCUUGGAUCCGACCGCGCUGACAGGCGAAGGGGGCGAGCUCGCAGUGCAUCCAUACCUGCGUCAAGGAGUGUUCAUCGUCGCGAACCACGCGGAUGAGCUCACACCCUGGACGCCCGUACUCGCAACCCUCUUCUCGGGGUCGGGGUACUUGUCGAUCCCCUGCUGUGCAUGGACGUUCGACGAGAAGUACGAACGGUCGAGAGUUUCGGACUAUCCGACGCCCGACGACGACAGCUUCGUGGACGGCUUGAACCUUGGCGGCGAAGGCAGCAACGCCAGCUCGUACUCGAGGUACCGUAUCUGGCUGGCUUCGCUGAGCUUGCACUGCGGUUGGAAGGUCGAAUGCGAGAACCUGCGCAUCCCGAGUACCAGGAAUUGGGCGCUUGUCGGCAGGAAUCGGAUAGCGGAGAAUGGAGAGGAUGUUGGUCUGGCCCGGGAGAGGGCCGAAGAGAUCUUGCACAAAGUUCGAGAGCGCGGCCUGUUCAAGACGAGGAUACCGGAAGGGAAAUCCAAGGACCACUGAGGUGUUAGAAGCUGGUACGGAGUAUCGCCGCGCUCUACUGCUACCGCCACCUCGUAUCCUUCGCUCACGUAGUAUUUACGUCUGCGUUGCCCGCGUGGACGACGAUUGGCGGGAUUUGGAGGGGGACGCAGGACGCGGUUGGAAGUUGGCCAUCAUUCGUGCCGCUGCCGCCGAGUGCCACAGGAGGGCG